AUGCCCAUGAAGGGUGUGAUGAGAUUUGGGAACAAGGGCAAGCUCAGCCCUAGGUUCAUUGGCCCAUAUGAGAUUUUGGAGAGGAUGGGAGAGGUGGCUUACAAGUUAGCCUUGCCACCUAGUUUGACAGCCGUGCAUCCAGUUUUCCAUGUUUCUAUGCUCCGGAAGUAUGUUCCGGAUGAGUCUCACGUGAUUUCGGUUGAGUCGGUGGAGUUGAGUCCAGAUUUGACAUUUGAGGAGGAGCCUAUAGCUAUUUUGGACAGGCAGGUUCGCAAGCUCCGGACCAAGGACAUCAUUUCAGUGAAAGUUCAGUGGAGGCAUCGAUCAGAUAGGUAG